GAGGGGAGGAGGGUGCGCGAGGGGGUGGGUACAUGUCGACGUCACCGGUCAGUCUUUACCGAGAACGCCAAAAUAAAACGGUAAAAAAAUAAAUAAUUAAAAACUUUUCUGUCGGACUCAUAAACGGGAGACACAUGGCAGUCGGGACACGGAGCUGCGAAGGGAAGCCGUCGUUUCUUCUCCGGGUUGUCGUGCUUGGUCGGCACGCGCCAUUGUUCGCGUAGCGGUAGAGGCUUUUUUUUUUCUCUCUCUCUCUCUCUCUCUCUCUCUCUCUCUCCUUCCAGGGGUCGCGCGGAGCGAGAGCCAGCGGGCUGUGUCACUUUAGCCGACCUGCUAGCUAAACAAGUCGAGCCGUGAGAAAGUGGAGCAGACGGCGGCGGCUAACCGGGAGCGGACCCGCCGACAUAGACCUAUGCGACGGACAGCAGGUGAGUGAUGGAGACGAGAGAGUUGACCGUGUUAGCUGGCAGCUUCGUGGGUUUCCAGCUUCUCUUCUCGGUGGUCAGCCCACGUCUCUCCAUUGUCAUCACACCGGGUUACGGACGGCUGCCCGCCACUAAGCUCACGGAGUGGAACUCCAGGUUGGUGUCGACUGUGCACGCUCUGAUUGUGGGGUUGUUCUGUCUGUACAUCCUGUGGUUCGAUGACGUCGUCAACGCCGAUCCCGUCUGGGGUGACCCCAGUCUCGUCAAACUAAACGUGGCCAUAACCUGUGGUUACCUCCUUUACGACCUCGUGCUGCUGGCCUGUAACUGGAGCACUAUGGGGGACGGCUUUUUUGUCUGUCACCACUUGGCGGCGCUCUAUGCAUAUGGAUACGUGCUGACGCGAGGCGUGCUUCCCUACUUCGCCAAUUUCCGCCUCAUUUCAGAGUUGUCCACGCCGUUUGUGAACCAAAGGUGGUUCUUCGAGUCGUUAAAGUACCCGCGCUCGCACCGCCUGGUGGUGCUCAACGGCGUCGCCAUGGCAGCGGCGUUCUUCCUGGUGCGCACCGCCGUCAUGCCGUCGUACUGGUUCAGCGUCUUCGCCACCUUUGGCACCGAGGCGUUCGAUAGGCUGGGCCUGGGCGCCCAGGUGGCCUGGAUCUCCUCCUGCAUCGCCCUGGACAUCUUGAACACUAUCUGGAUGUACAAGAUCGCCCGCGGCUGCUACAAGGUGCUGACUGGGCGAGGCGGGCGAAAGCCCAAGGACACCGUGGAGAUGGAGGCCUCGUCGGAGGGGAAGCGCGUCAACAACCACGCGGACUAAAGAGAGAGACGAUGGGAUGCGUGGACACAGACAUGAGUGGGUGGGGUGAGGCUGGACAUCCAGGAACCCUUGCAGCCUCUCUCUCUCUCUCUCUCGCUCUGUCGCUCUAGCCUCAGCGUUCCUCCCACCCACACUCUCCAAUCCACCAAUCUCAGCCCUUGAUUCUCCUUGUCGCCGGCUAGUGGACCGGGCUGACAGGUCCUGAUCCCCGACACGAGACAGAGACCGCCCCCGGACUCCCUCCCAGCGUCGGCCUUUUUGCGGCCUCCGUGUCAGCUUGCCAGGUGACAGCUCGCCGGUCGCAGGCGACGAGGUAGAGCUCGCAAGCACCUUUUUUUUUUUUUUUUAACACCACCCCCACCGUUUUAUCUCACCGGUCCUCUCUUCUCAUGCUUCGACUUCAGCCAAAGCUCGUUCCUCUGAAGUGUCUGCGGAAGACAGGAAAAGCAAUAAAAUGCGGAGGAAAUGAGCUUGCAAAAGUCAAAGGGGGGGUGGGGCAAUUUCAGAAGAAGACCACCUCCCGCUCUGCCCACUGCUCCCGAAAGGCCGGAGGCUCCUCCCGUCCCGCCUGCGGGGCAUCUUCCCUUCAUCCGAUCCAUACGGCGUGUUGUGAAUCUACAGGGCUCUUGUCUUUAAAAAUCAUCAGACCUCACAAGAAAGAAAAAAAAAAAGGAAAAAAAAGAGACAGAAACACCAUAAUGCCUCUUCUACAGUAUCACCUGCUGUGGCCUCCGUGUAACAAGUGGCGCAUGCCUAUAUCACCAGCCAUGCCCCUCGAAAACCCCUCACAAUCUGGAUUUAUAUAUAUAUAAAAAUACUCCAACAUCCUCAGCUCCUCACAGGACAAUUUUGCCUUUUCAGUAUUCAUCGUGUCGGCAUCACUGCAGUGAAUUCACAUUGCAUCCAUGGCAACCCUCCGCCUGUCUGGAACAGGGCUCCAGUGUUUUUUAUGUUCUACCUCUCCCCCGCCUUACAGAGAUCUGUCAAUCAACUUUUUGUUGUUUUCUUUCUACUGUAAAGAGUGUUUUUAUUUAGUUUUCUGUAACUUUUAAGACGUUAACUGUUGUGAUGUCACUGAUUCAGAGGGACGUCUUCCUCCCUCCUUCGCUCCUUUCUUUUUUUCACCUGCUUGGCUGAUGCUCUGGAACACGGGGUGUUUCUCACCCCUAGAGGCUUUUACACUUCCUCUUAUCUCCUUUUGUUCUCAGUGAUUAUGAGACUCUAAUUUAGGAAAGAAAGAAAGGGGAGGUGGGGGGGUACAGUUUACAAACUAUUCACUGUAUCUAACGCCCUUCUAAAACACUUGCAUGGUGCUUUUCUUUUUCCUUUUUUUCCCCUUUGCAAAUGUCAGCAGGAGGAAUACUAGCAAUAUGACAUUUUUCUAGUAUCGAAUUCAUUAAUUGGGACAUACCAAUCCGUGACAGUCGAGCGCAAUGGGGUAAUCUGCAUGUCUUUGUUUUGUUUCUUUACUGUAUAAACUGUAAAUCAUCACUACACAGCAUGGUAAGAUUGACAUAUUUCUGAGAAGCCUUAGCGAAUAGUCAAGAUAGAUGAGUAACAUCUAAAUAUUAAUUAAUCUAAUUCUUAAACGGGGUGGGGGGAUGUUUGUCUUCCAGAACUGUUGGUGCAUUUGCCCCUCGGAGCGCUCUGCAUGCAUGCGUGUUGUUUUUGAUUCCUUUCUCCCCUCCCUGCCUGUACAGUAUCUACACAUGUCGGGCGCCUCCCGCACGCCGCGCGGCUCGACACGAAUCAUUACCACGUUCUCCGCACGCCACUCGGGUUCUAAUGAAUUCGCGAGCUCUCGGCGGACGCUCGCGCCGACGUCGACGACACAGCUGAUGUCGCGACGGACAGAGAUACAAGAGGAUGUUUCAGGUACACGCACAAUGUGCUGGCACGUGUGUACUCCUGUUUUUCCAUUUCUUUACUUAAAGGUGCGCUCCACUGAUUUUUCCUCCUCAACGUUGGGGGAAUUGCGAUCGACUGUUUUUUUAACUAUGAUAAUUGACACAUGGUAGCCAAGUUUCCGUCCAAAUGCAGUGCGAAAAUGUUUUCGCGCCAAUUGUCUGCAAGAACAUGCGAAUGAAUGCGUGUGAAAAUCGGGAGACGCCGCAGAAGAACGGGCUGCGGCAAUGUGGCGUGAUCUUAUUUAUCUUUUUAAAGAGUGCCGGAGCAAAAUGAAGUUUUGUUCCAUGUAUGGAUUUAAGGAAGGUUACAGUCUCCUCAUCGCUUCACUUUGUCACACAUGUCCACCAAAGCCGAAUGUAAAAACCUUUUUUUUUUUAGUUGUUUUCGUUUCUUCAGAUGGAUUGAAAAACACUUUUUUUUCAUGCUCUCUACAACCUACAUUACCCACAAUGCAACCCCACCGCUGGAAGAGGCUAACGUAGCGCUGAGGCCCCCCCCCCCACACACACGCACACACAUUAUCGAUGUGUCAAAUCGGUGGAGUUCCCCUUAAGUCUUUGUAUCUGUAGCCGGAUCGAUGGUAGUCUGAGAACUACAAAGCACACUUCCUGUGGAGCAAUGACUCGGCGAUCUCCUGUAUUUCUGUCUGUCAUCGCAGGGGGCGGGGCUACAGUAUCUCGUGCCUUUCCUUUGACCCAACACGGUGGACGCGAUGCAGUUUGGAUCCGCAUGACUUUCUAAUGUAAUAUCCUGUGAUGUGUCCCACAUGUAUACUCUUUGUAUAUAUUUUUAUAAUCUGCCUGCACAACGAUUAAUCCGGCCAAGUAUUAUAGUCCAAAACUGAGCCCUCUCUCGGGGAGUUUUGGGCGGGGGGCACGUUUUUUUUUAGUGGCAUUAAGAUGGGCCCGCAGUGCCCGAGGCGAUUAGUUUUUGGGAGAAUAUACAGGUAGUCGAACGGGGAAAGGCAAGCAUCUCUCAACGUGUGUUCGUUCCUAAACUCAAAAGCUGUGAAUAGUUGUAGAAAACAAACACUGGUCACGUGACUCUGAUUUGUGGGAGGUUUCUUCCUGCGGCAGCAUCCUGCUCACUGGACCCAGGGCUCGUGCACAAAGCUUAAAGAAAACCAAACUGCGUACGUUAAACAUUUGCGGUGUACGCCGUCCCCGGGCGGCCGCGGACUGAACACACCGAGAGUUGGUUUUUUUUGUAUUUGUCAGGGUUUUCUACGGAGUUAAUCUCAAGACCCCGAUGCGUGUGCUGUAUCUCGCGCCCUGGGGACGCUCGGAUGAAUCCACAGAACGAGUUGAUGACGAGGCUGCUAUUGUAAGACCGUGAUCUGUAUCAGGUUAGAACAACCACAUUGCCUUUGUUUCUUUGGGGAGGCCAACGUUCAUUAUGUAUUAUAAUGAAUAUAUUUAAAUAUAUAUACAUAUAUUAUAAUGGUAUAUACACAUCUGUAUAUAUCCGUGAUCAAGUAUUGAAACCAUGAUGCACACUGUACUAAUUAAAACUUCCGUUCUGGCCAUGUUUUGUUUCCCGUUUGGAUGGCGGGGCGUCUCUCUUCUCUCUUAGGUACAUUAUAACAGAGCUGCAUCAGAAUCUGGUACUUAAAUAAUGUACAUACACUCUGUCGGUCUUCUCAAGGUCACACAAGGUACUUUGGUAACCUUUCUUUUUGCCCCCCGUUUCUGUCUUUUCAAUGUCACGUUUGAUCCGAGGCGUCCGAUGAACAAUGACGGGUUGCAUUUCAGUGCCAUCGACUAUUGACGGCAUUUGCGUGAUUAUUAUGAAUGACUGGAAGAAUUGCAGACAAACUGAUGGCAAAUACCUUCUCUUUUUUUUUCGCCACCCCCUCCCACACUACCCAUUCUGUCUGUUUUUAUUUGGUCUUUUUUAAUGCAAUUUCUUGUUAUGAUCCGUCUUUUUUUCUGGAGAUUUUAAAUGUGAAACGGCUUACACACACGUAGGCCUUUUGUUUGGUCUGAGCAUUACCUUGUGACUCGGAUCGUUGUCGUCCACAUUGACCACCACUAAUGAUCAUGUAAUUGUAGUGCUGAAAGCUGAGACUUACUUGAAAGUGUUGCUCUUCAAUAAAGUUGAAGGCAAGAG